AUGAGUAGAUAAGUAUAUGUUGGGCGUUUGAGUUCGAGGAUCCGAAGAGAGCAUCUUCAAUAAGAGUUUGAGAAAUUUGGUAAAAUCAAGGAUAUUGAUUUACGAAAUACUCAUGCUUUUAUUGAGUUUGAAAGUGGAGAUGAUGCCAGAGCAGCCAUUUCAAAAAUGGACAAUAAACGAUUGAAUGAAGGCAGUGAUCGUAUCACAGUCAAACCAAGAGGUAGAAAAAAGAGAUGGAUGAAAUUGAAAAGAUGAUCGACCGUAAGGUGCAAGAGGACCCACAUCCAGAGACGUAUGUUUCAAUUGCGGCCGUAAGGGACAUUGGGCAAAUGAGUGUAAAGAAGGUAUGGUUCAUAUCCCAUUUCACCAGGAGAUUUACGUGACACUUGUUAUCGUUGUUAUAAAAAAGGCCAUAUACGUAAAGAUUGUCCAAAAUCAAGAACACCUUCAGAAAGAAGAAGGUUUAAUUAAAUUAUAAAUUUUAUAGUCGACGAGAUAAAGAAAGAAAAAGAAGACGAUCUUCAUCUUCUUCAUCUAAGUCUUCAGAAUCAUCUAAAUCUAAAAAAAGAUAUAGAUAAUAAUAAAAAUAAUAGAAGAAACCUAAUAGAAGAUCACCAUCUUCCAGUGAAAGUAGAUCUAGACCUUCAAUAUCAUCAUAAAGUUCUAGGUAUUUAAAAAUUAUUAGUAUAAUUUAAGCAAAUAACCAUGA